GAGUAAAUGUCGUAUGCUCGUUCACCACGUCCACUUUGCUCCACUACAACCGGUACAAAAUUUAAAUAUCUGUUACUUAUUUUGUACCCAUAAGUCUGAAAGAAGAAGAAGAAGAUAAUUAUGAUGAAAGUAUCAUGUGCAUCAUUAAAACAAAAACAGAAAACUGAUCGCUGUACUGCAAUGCUAUAACCUAGGUAGAACACAUUGAAGAGUAGCAUGAAUUUUUAUGAAUAUAAGAAUAAAAAGAAUAAGGAUAAAAAGAAAACAUUAACGGAUAAAGGCCAAUAAAUUUGUAGCUCUUGUGGAAGAACGACACGUUUAUUGGCUAACGUGUCACUAUUUGUUGCGCGGCAAAUGUUUCUUCGCUGCGUGCAGAAACCAUAAUUAGAUUGACACUGAGCCAUUUCAUUGGCUGCUUAUCAUCUCAAUAUCUCAAUGUGACAAGAAGUUGAAGAAAAUUUAAACGUAUACGUAAAACCUAUAUCGCAUCACCAAUUGUUGUUGAUUCUUUUUAAUCUUCGUUCCGCUGUAUGCGGUUAUAGUUGUAGUAGUCAGUGUAGUAUUGUGCAGCAUUUAUAAGUCUUGAGCAAGGAAAUAACAUAUUGAAAAAAGCAAGGAAGAUCUUUUAACAAAGAUGGCUCCUGUGAAAAAAAGGAAAUAUGUAUUUCAAAGGUUGAAAUAUCAAAGAAAUAUAAAACGUAGAAAAAUUGAAUUAACAAAAAAAUAUUUGAAAUAUUUUUCAAUUGAAUCUUAUAAUUCAAUAGUGAAAUUGUAUGAAUCUAGAUCUCUACUCAGAAAUGUGGCCUCUACAAAAGCAAAAAUUUCAAAAUAUCAUAUCUUAGAGUUUGAAAAAACUGGCAAAGAUAUAUUCGAUAAAAUUAUGAGUACAAAUGUUGGGCUCAGAAAAUAUGACAACAAUAUUGAGAAGAACAUUAAUUUUGCUAACAUUGCUUCAAUUGUCUCACCCAUAUUGGAAAAAUUUAAAAGGCAACAUAAUAUAUUUAAGUAUAGUAAUGAAUUAAAAAAUAUAAUAAAAGCAGAUAAAAAGCCAACAAAACAGAAAUAUAAAGGUCAAAUACGUAUAUGUUUACUAAAAAUUUUCUUUGGUUUGGUACUUUACCAGAAUGUUCCGUUCCAAUUGUUUGGGACACGGCAAAAUUUGAAAGCUGUAAAAAAAUGUAUAUAUUGCCUUCUAAAAACCGAUCCUAAAAAGAUACAGAUAUCGGAUAAACUAUCCCUUGCAAUAAAUAAAAAGGGAACUUUUAAAAAUGCCAAUGGAGGAUUACUAAACAUAGAUCCAUUAUUGGAAAAGCUUGAUAUUUCCAAAAUUGAGUGGUUGCAUCCACUAAAAAGUAUAAAACAGAAGUGGAUUGUCAUUUUAAAAUUGUUGCAUUGGUUUUUUGCACAAUACAUUAUAAAAAUUCUGCACAAAUAUAUAGUAUUGAUACCAUCGAGAAAUAAAUGGUUAUUUAUUAUGAAAGAAGAAUGGUAUCAAAUACAACAUAAAUUUAUAAAUGAAAAAAUAAAUAAUGGUUAUAUUUUGUUAAAAAAACCAGUGAAAAAUGAAAAAUAUAAUAAAUUAAGUGUAAAUAGACUUACUACAAGUUCUUCAGGAUUGAGAAUUAUAACAAAGUGUAAUUUUGAAAAAACAUCCUUUGAAAUAGAAAUAAUUUUAAGAUUUCUUCAACAACUGUAUCAUACAUAUAUUAAUGAGAAAGGAAUUCCAACUGUUAAAGGUUGUAUUCAACAAAUUUAUAAUUUUAAAAAAACAUUGUCCACUCAUCACUUGUAUUACGUACGUUGUGACAUACAAGAUGCGUUUGGGUCAAUAAGACAAGAAAAGUUAUGCAAUAUAAUUAAAGAUUGCUGCAAGAAACAUUUGCCACUCUACAUUGUAAUGCGCGAGUACAAGAAGAAGGAUAAGAAUAUGAGAAAACAACAAAUUAUGAGAACAGUGCAAUUUUUAGAUAUGAAACUUUUAAAAGGAAACAUUGGUGCGAGUAUCGCCAAAAAACCCCAAUUAGUUAAUUGGUUAAAGUUAACUUAUAAGAUUAAAAAAAUGCUAUUAAAAAAAACGAUUAAAUUGUAUGGUAAAAUAUACUCGAUUAAAAUUGGUGUACCACAAGGUUUGCGAUUGUCGUCAAUUUUUUCUGAUAUAUAUUAUCAAGAUAUGUUUAAUAAGUUGUUAUCCCAGUUUAAUAAUAAUGGAUUAGUAUGCAGAUAUGUUGACGAUAUUUUAUAUAUCACGAAGGAAAAAAAUUAUGCAGAACAGUUUUUAGAAAUUAUAAGAAAUGGAAUUAUAGACUAUAAUGUGAGAUUUAACAAGAUACAAACCAACCUAGAAUCAACUAAAUUUAAUAAAAUUAAUUACUUAGGGCGGAAAAUAUUUAUUUAAUAUAUAAUUAUGUCGUACAUAGAAGGAAAAAUAAAAUAAGGAAUGUAUAAACCGAAAACUUCCUGGCUGUGUAAAAGUUGAAGUUCAAAAUAAAGAUACUACAAUUA